UGAAAGAUGGCAGCUUUAGCGUUAGAUGACUUGAUAGACAAGAAGAAGGAACCACCACCAAUUUUAGAUUUGAGUCAGAGCGUAGUUUCUUCAAGGGAAGAGCUGGAACAGUUGCUUGCUCGGGUUCCAGAAUACAAAAUUCGACCCGAAAAGGUAAAACCUGAGGAGUUAAGGAUAAGAGACAAAGACUUUACUUUCAAAGCUCCAAAAUCAAAAAGUGCGAAGCCGUCACAAGAAUUUAACUAUUGCAACCCUGUGCCUCCAUGCAUGCAGGGCGUUAGACUGGACGAUCUUUGCCAGGUGGAAAUAAACUGGAAAAUGUUGACGACUAUCCGGCCCAAGUCAAAAAUGGACGAGGAACUUUUCUCAAGACUAGUCGAGUUGGGAAAAUUAGAUAUUCUAAGAGCCCAACAGGACACAAAAGCUGGCCCAAGCAGCAGUGGGGUAAAGAAGUCCAAGAACCGAGCUGGAAUUCUUGAAACAAGAGCUCAAACUUGCACCGAGUGCUGCGUUGAAUUCUGUAGCGGAGCAAGUUGUAAAGAAUUUACCUACGAUAGCUUUGCUAGGGUUGAAGUUGACCUUUACGAAGGUAAAAGAGAAGGGUCAGCUCCAAAUGAGAGGCGGCCUAAAAAGAAGAAAGGCAAGAAAAAAGGGAAAGGGGGUCGAAAGCGCUCCAGGUCCAAAUCGAAGAAAAAGAAAGGAGGUAAUAAGACCGAUGAUGACGAGAAAGCACCUGCUGACGGAGAAGCUGAAAAUAAUUUAACCGUCGAUAAUCUUACGAUUCAAACAAAAGUGCCUUUGAAUUUGUAACAAUUUGAUUAUUAACCAGAACUUGUACAACA